AUCGAACUUCGCUCUCGUCACAAAUGCCUUUGUCACGGUCUCUCCUCUCGCGGAGGAUCUCGAUUUCGUUCAGGGAUCAGGGAGAGACGACACCGGAAGCCGAUUCGUACGAAUCGCCGAUGCUUCCGCCGUUGUCGGACAUGGCUGGGUCAUGGUCGGCGAUGCUCCCUGAGUUAUUGGGCGAGAUCAUCCGCCGCGUGGAGGAGAGCGAGGACCAGUGGCCUCAACGACGGGACGUCGUCACCUGCGCCUGCGUGUCGAAGAAGUGGAGAGGGAUCACCCAGGAUAUCGUUAGAUCCCCUAAUAACUCCGGCAAAAUCACUUUCCCCUCUUGCCUUAAAUUGCCAGGUCCCCGAGAGUUUUCAAAUCAGUGCCUGAUAAAGAGGAACAAGAAGACGUCAACUUUUUACCUGUAUCUUGCUCUAACACCAUCAUUCACUGAUAAGGGAAAGUUUCUUCUGGCGGCGCGGAGGUUCAGGACAGGUGCUUACACUGAGUACAUCAUAUCACUUGAUGCUGAUGAUUUCUCUCAAGGAAGUAAUGCCUACGUUGGCAAGCUAAGAUCGGAUUUUCUUGGGACCAACUUUACAGUAUACGAUAGCCAACCGCCACAUAACGGAGCAAAACCUUCGAACGGCAAAGCCAGUCGCAGAUUUGCAUCGAAGCAGAUAAGCCCUCAAGUUCCAGCAGGCAACUUCGAGGUCGGUCACAACAAAGCUCCGAGAUGGCACGAGCACUUACAAUGCUGGUGUCUGAACUUCCAUGGACGAGUAACCGUCGCUUCGGUCAAAAACUUCCAGCUGGUUGCGACCGUUGACCAGAGUCAACCGAGCGGUAAAGGAGAUGAAGAGACAGUGCUUCUCCAAUUUGGGAAAGUUGGUGAUGACACGUUCACCAUGGAUUAUAGACAGCCUCUCUCUGCUUUUCAGGCUUUUGCCAUCUGUCUCACAAGUUUCGGCACUAAACUUGCCUGCGAG